AUGAAAAUCCUAUGUCUCCAUGGAAGAGGCACCAGCGGUGCUAUCUUCAAGUCUCAGACCUCCGCAAUCCGCGCCCGCCUCAAAGACACCAACAUCCAAUUCGACUUCCUCGACGGCCUCCACAGCAGCCCCCCAGCGCCCGGAAUCGACCUCUUUUACGAACCCCCCUACUUCACCUACUGGAAAGACGACACCGCGGCCGAAAUGCGCCAAACCAGCACGUGGCUCAAAGCUUACAUCGCCCAGCACGGACCCUACGACGCGGUUCUCACCUUCUCGCAAGGCUGCGCCCUAGCCACCAGCGCGCUCCUCCUGCACGAAGCCGAAGAACCGCACGCGCCCCCGCCGUUCAAAGCAGCGAUCUUCAUCUGCGGCGGGUCCCCGCUGCCGAUCAUGGAGAGCGUGGGGUAUGAGAUUUCAGCGCGCGCGUGGGAUCUAGAUCGGCGGACGAGGAAGGCGCUGGCGGCGCAGGCGGACUCGGCGUCGAUUUUGGAGCGGGGGUCGGAGAGGUGGAGUGGGGGUGGGGAUGUUUUGGAGGGGAUAUCGGUGGAUGAGGUGAGGGGGGAGAUUGGGGGUGGGCCGGUGAAGAUUGGGAUUCCGACGGUUCAUGUGUAUGGGAAGAAGGAUCCGCGGUUUGUGGCGAGUUUGCAGUUGGCGGAGACUUGUGUGGCUGAGCGACGGAGGGUGUAUGAUCAUGGUGGGGGACAUGAGAUUCCGAGGCUUGAGGCUGUGAGUACCACUAUUGCGGGUUUGAUACGGUGGGCGUUGAAGGAGGGCGGGGCGUUGGAGGGGUAG